CCGCUCGGCUCCGAGUCUGUGCUCCAGUUCGUUCCCGAACCAGUCGUGGGCUUCACGGUCAGGUUGACCUUACAUGGUGUCAUAAGUGGGAUCUGAAGGCACCAACCACUUGAACCUCUGGAAUCAAGUGAGUUUCUUGUAGUUGAGUCCUUUGCACUGUUAGCUUCUAUGAGCCAUUCUAACUUUGAUUUUUACUACCCUUGGAUGCACUCCUGAUAUGGAGAAGAUUGAAGAACAAUUUGCCAACUUGAACAUUGUUAAACGUUCCUCAGAAACUAAAGAGCCUACUUACCUGCUUGGCAUAGACACGUCAAAGACUGUACAAACAGAAAAAGGAAGCUUGGUUGCUGUUUUAUGUUCUAAUGGAUCAAUCAGAAUAUAUGAUAAAGAAAGGUUAAAUGUACUACGAGAAUUUAGAGGGUAUCCUGGACUUAAUGGAGUCAAGUUUGCAAAUUCCCGUGACUAUGUGUAUUCCUCAUGCACGGAUGGCACGGUUAAGUGUUGGGAUGCUCGACUGGCCGGUGGAAAACCUGUCCAGCUGUUCAAGGGUUACCCUUCCAAUGUUUUUAUCAGUUUUGAUAUCAGCUCUAAUGAUCAUGUCAUUUGUGCUGGUACAGAAAAAGUUGAUGAUGAUGCAUUGUUGGUAUUUUGGGAUGCAAGAAUUAAUUCUCAGGACUUGUCUACUGCCAAAGAGCCACUUGGUGCAUAUUCAGAGACACAUAGUGAUGAUAUCACUCAAGUAUGUUUCCAUCCCAGUAAUCCAAACAUGGUAGUCUCAGGUUCAACUGAUGGCCUGGUAAAUGUAUUUGAUAUUAGCGCGGAUAAUGAAGACGAUGCACUGGUCACAACCUGUAACUCAGUUUCAUCAGUAAGCUUUAUUGGUUGGUCUGGGAAAGAUUAUAAACAGAUUUACUGCAUGACACAUGAUGAGGGAUUUUGUUGGUGGGAUCUUAAUCAUCUGGAUACAGAUGAACCAAUUACAUGUUUGAACAUUCCAGAUGUCAGAGAAGUAAUUAAAGUGAAAGAAGGGAAUUUGGACUAUUUGAUUGGUGGCCUAUAUCAUGAAAAGACGGACAAAUUGUUUGUUGUUGGAGGGACAAACACAGGAAUUAUUCACAUAAUGAGCUGUAUGACAUCAGGAUUGGUCCACGUGACCAGCCUUCAAGGAGGGCAUGCUGCUAUAGUCCGGUCCUUCUGUUGGAAUAUGCAGGAUGAUUCUUUGCUAACUGGAGGAGAAGACGCACAGUUGUUACUUUGGAAACCUGGAGCAGUAGAGAAGACAUUUACAAAGAAAGACAGCAUGAAAAUAGCAUCCUCUGUAUACCAGCGCGUUCGCGUUCACAGUAAUGAUUCUUAUAAAAAAAGGAAAAGGCAAUGAUGUUACAUCGGGCAUUUACUUGAUAGGUUUUAUAGUUGCAAAUGAUUAUUUCUGUGUACUACCUGUGGUAGACAUGUUAAAAGUUCAUAUAUAAAUAAAAACAAGCCAGUUAGCAAACAAUCCUGGGAAUAUGCUGAGAAUGGUUUAAUUCAAGUCUUCAUGUAUUCCAAAAUUAUUUUUUUAAAGCUGCCAGUUGAGUAUAUAAUCAGUGAGUUGAAAGUAAAAUUACAUUCCUCAUUUUAAAAACCCAUCUGUUGAAUUAGUAAAUGUUGGGUUUGAAGAAAUAGCUUUGAUAAGGGUUUUUUAGAAGUAGAUGGCUGGUGUGACUUUUAAAAACAGGUGGUUUGGGUUGUGUUUUUUAAGCUCAAUUUUUUACUUUUUUAGUCAUCUUUAUUAUAAAACCAAAUCAGACUGUUUUUUCUUUAUUUGAGAAGCCCCUACUUGCUUAAUACAUGUAGAUUACACUCGCACUGUAGUUGAGUCCCAAAAUCAUGUUCAGCUCUUUGCGACCCCAUGGGCUGCAGCACGCCAGCCUUCCCUGUCCUUCACUGUCUACCAGGGUUUGCUCAAAUUCAUAUUCAUUGAGUCAGUGAUGCCAUCCAACCAUCUCAUCCUUUGUCAUCCUUUUCUCCUUUUGCCUUCAAUCUUUCCAGCAUCAGGGUCUAUUCCAGUGAGUCGGUUCUUUACAUCAAGUGGCCAAAGUAUUAGAACUUCAGCAUCAGUCCUUCCAGUGACUGUUCAGGGUUGAUUUUCCUUAGGGUUGACUGGUUUGAUCUCCUUGUAGUCCAAAGGACUCUCAAGAGUCUUCUCCAACACCACAGUUCAAAAGCGUCAGUUCUUUGGCACUCAACCUCCUUUAUGAUCCAACUGUCACAUCCGUACAUGACUAUUGAAAAAACCAAAGCUUUGACUAUACAGACCUUUGUUGGCAAAGUGAUUUCUCUGCUGUCUAGAUUUGUCAUGGCUUUUCUUCCAAGAAGCAAGUGUCUUCUAAUUUAAUGGCUUCAGUCACCAUCUGCAGUGAUUUUGGAGCCCAAGAAAAUAAAGUCUGUCACUGUUUCCACUUUUGCCCCGUUUGCCAUGAAGUGAUAGAACUGGAUGCCAUGAUCUUAGUUUUUUGAAUGUUGAAUUUUCAGCCAGCUUUUUCACUCUCCUUCCUCUAGCCUGGCAUUUCACAUAAUGUACUCUAUAUAUGGGCUUCCCUUGUAGUCCAGUCGGUAAAGAAUCUGUCUGCAGUGCAGGAGACCCGGGUUCAAUUCCUGGGUCAGGAAGAUCCCCUGGAGAAGGAAAUGGCAACCCACUCCAGUAUCCUUGCCUGGAAAAUCUCAUGGACACAGGAGCCUGGUGGGCUGCAAUCCAUGGGGUCGCAAAGAGUCAGGCACGACUGAGCGACUAACACUUACUUACUUAUUCCAUAUAUAAGUUAAGUAAGCAGUGUGACAAUGUACAGCCUUGUCUUACUCCUUCCCCAAUUUUGAACCAGUCAUUUGUUCCAUGUAGGAUUCUUACUGUUGCUUCUUGACCUGCAUACAGAUUUCUCAGGAAACAAGUAAGGUGGUCUGGUAUUCCCAUCUCCUUAAGUGUGUGUGUGAGUCACUCAGUUGUGUCCAACUCUUUGAGACGCCUUGGACCAUAGCUCACCAGGCUCCUCUGUCCAUGGAAUUCUCCAGGCAAGAAUACUGGAGUGGGCGCCAUUCCCUUCUCCAGGGGAUCUUCCCAACCCAGGGAUUGAACCUGGGUCUCCCGCAUUAUGGGCAGAUUCUUUACUGUCUGAGCCACCAGGGAAAUAUUUUCAACAGUUUGUUGUGAUCCCCACAGUCAAAAAAAAGCAGACUGGUGGCACUAGUAGUAAAGAACCCGCCUGCCAAUGCAGGAGACAUAAGAGAUGUGGGUUCGAUCUGUGGGUUGGGAAGAUCCCCUGGAGGAGGAAAUGGCAACCCACUCCAAUAUCUUUUCCUGGAAAAUCCCAUGGACAGAGGAGCCUGGCAGGCUACAGUCCAGGGGUCACAAAGAGUCGGGCACGACUGAAGUGACUUUGAAGACUUUAGUGUAGUCAAUGAAGCAGAAGUUUAUGCUUUUCUGGAAUUCUGUUGCUUUUUCUAUGAUCCAGUGAAUGUUGGCAGUUUGAUCUCUGAUUCCUCUGCCUUUUCUAAACCCAGCUUGUCCAUCUGGGAGGUUUUGGUUCACACGCUGCUGAGGCCUAGCUUGAAAGAUUUGAGCAUAACCUUACUAGCAUGAGAAAUGAGCAGAGCUGUACAGUAGUUUGAACAUUCUCUGGCAUUGUCCUUCUUUGGGAUUGGAAUGAAAACUGACCUUUUCCAGUCUGGUGGCCACUGCUGAGCUUUCCAAAUUUGCUGACAUAUUGAGUGCAGCGCUUCAACAGCAUCAUCUUUUAGGUUUUUAAAUAGCUCAGCUGGAAUUUUAUCACGUCCACUAGCUUUGUUUGUAGUAAUGCUUCCUAAGGCCCACUUGACUUCACACUCCAGGAUAUUAUAUUUAAAUAUAAAUACUCUAAAUAGAAUUAAACUUUUUCAGAAAUAGUGAUUUGCAUUUUUGAGAAAAAUAUAUUGAGUAAAUUUGCAUCAAUACUUUUAAUAUCAUUGGUUAAACAGGUGUUUCACUGAUGAAAAGGAACAUCUUACAAAAUUCAUUUUGAAACUAAAAGUAAAUAUACAAAAAUUAAAGUGUUUAUAAUAGCAGAAUGACUUUUUAUUUUCAAAAGAUUCCAAUAUUUUGUGAUAAAGUUUUCUUCUAAAGUGUUUUCUCCGUCCGUAAUUUUAAACUUGAAUUUUUGUUUACUGCUAAUUUUUCCAUACUUCCUUUUAACUAUUUCUCCAAAGAAUCUUAGUUAAAAAGUUGAUCUUUCUAAAGGUUUGGUACCUUAUCUAUGAGACUGUAGCAUUGGAGAAAUUUUUCUAUGGAACCUUUGUAACUUACAUUUAGAUAUGAUCUAACUUAACUCAAGUGAGAUUGAACAAUAGGUGAAAAUGAAAGUUCUCAGUCAUGUCCGACUCUUUGUAUGGUUUGGAUAAUACCAAGCAUAGUUGAAUUUCUUGAA